AUGAAAACAGAAAUACAAAAGAAUGAAAGAGAGAUGCAAAUGAAAAUUAACGAAUUAUCUAGUUACAAAAACAAAAUUUCAUCAAAAGAAACGACAUACAAGGAUUUAACUGACAAAAAGAAUCUAAUUUUCGAAACAACGGAAAGUACAUACAAUGAAUAUUCAGAAUUACUAGGAAAAAAUCAAUCGUUAAAACAACAAAAUUUUGCAUUAGAAAAAUUAUUAGAAAAAAUGCAGAAACGAAUAAAAGAAAGUGCCGGGAUAGAGACACAAACUCUUAACGAAGCACAAAUUGCCCAAAUUCAAGAUGCUGUUAAACAAACUUUUGAUUUAAUUGCAGAUGAAUAUGAAAUUAUCGAUUUUGACAAACUGAAGUCCGAUACAAUUGAUUUAGUUAACGAAAGACAACGUUUGGAAUCAGAAUUGUCACUUUACAGAACUUUAUUUGAUGAAAAAGCCAAAAAUGAUCAACUUGAAGCUAUUAUCGACCAAUUUACAAAUGAUCCAAACGAACAAGAAUUAUCCCAACUAAUAAACUUAAAAUCAUACCCUAAUUUCGAUGAAAAUCCGAAUUAUCACGAAAACCAUGCUACAAUCGACCAAUCAAUACACCAAAGGACAGAUAGUUUUAUUUCUCAAAUACAGGCCCAAAUACAAUCAAAUAGCAGAGUUUCAAACUUAAUCAAGAAUAUUUACAAAGAUCAGAAAAAUUUCUUACAUCAUUGUGCCGAAACUGCUUCCAAUACCAAGGAUAUCUCCAAAUCCUUCAAGCAGCUUGAACAGAAAAUCGAAGAUGCAGGAGAAGCCGGAAAAAUCGAAAUUCAACCUCUUUCUAUUGAUUUUUCUGAGAAUUCUGACCAAGACAGUAUCAAUCCACUUGAAAUAUUCACAAAGGAUUUCGUAGAAAUGACGGAAAACGCGAUUUCGCAGCUUCCAACUGUAUCUUUUUACGAAGAUUCGAUUUCUCGUGCCGAAGAGUCAUUAAACCUCAAUACUGAUAUUCCAGAUUUUAAUCCUGAUAUCGUAAGAACCGAAAUAAGAAGCAAAGACUUAAGCGAACUGAAUUCAAAAAUUACAAAAUUUAUUUUAACGGAAAGUAACACAGAUAUUGAAGUUCCUGACCAACAAAUGCAUGAACAACAAGAAACAGCCCACGAAACCACUGUUUCUCCCAAAAUUGAGCUUCCUGAAAUUGAUAAUUCAGAAAUUGAAGAAGUUAUUGAUCUUAUCCAUGAAAAACUUCCUCCUUCCUUUGCUAAAAGGUUUUCUAAAGACUCCCUGCAUCCUCCUCUCCAACAACCAACAGAAAUUGACGAAAUUUUGGAGUUUGAACCGAGUUUGUCACUUUUUGAAAAACAAAAACACCUUAAUGACGUGAUUUCCAGCAUCAACAACCAAGAAUUCAUGAUGGAUCCUGUAUUACUAAGACCACAAGAGGUAACAGAAUCAAUUAUUAGUCCAGAAAGAGUUGAUUUCCACUCAAUUCUCUCAUCUGUUGACCAAUUACUUACGAGGAACGACAAAGACAUCGAAAAAGAGAUUGCACAGAUCAGGCAGAAGACGAAGGCACUGAGGAGACAGAUUGAUGAGUCAGGAGAAGUACAAGUUUCCAUUGAUGAAGUUGAAAACAUCAAAAAAGAAAAAGAAAAAGUUUCUUUGCAAAUAAAUGCCGCACAAAAAGAACUUUCUAGCAAGAAAGGAAUGGCAAACUUGAUGAAGAAGAAUAUAGAGAUGCUGAGAAGUGAUUUGUCAUCACUAAACAGAACUUGUGACUCAAUAGACUGCCCCAAGAAAUCUGUUUCGGAUCUAGAAAACGAACUCAACAAAAUAAUGAGAAAAAUUGGCACUUUUCAUACUAAAUAA